AUGACUGAUAAAGGACUUACUGAGCCACUCUUAGACUUCAAAGGUUUAAAUAAUGUUCUAGCUUAAUCUAGCAAACCUCAUACAAUCCCAAUAAACGCACAAGUCAACAAUGUCUUUACAAGCAUUUAAACUAUCGGUGAUAAAUUAGUAAAUGGCAACGAAAUUGAAGGUCGAGCCACUCAUUAUAUUUUGACAAGAAGUGGAAAUCUCCUUAACUACUCUGAUAAUGGAAAACUUACACUAUGGAGUCUUCUAAGUAAUAAGCUAGUCUACUCUGAAGAUGUAAGGGGAAUCAGUGUGCUUUAUGAAACCCCGAAAGGAUCAAAACUUUUCAUUGGAUAUAUUAACGGAACACUCGAGAGCCGUGAUCCCAAUACUUAAUAAGUACUUUAAUAAGUAAAUUUAAGAAGUGCGGUUAAAGCUCUAGUCUCAGAUGACAAAAAUCUGUAUGUGAGCCUUAAAAACGGAAAAAUUGUUUAAUUCCCUACCUAGAACAUCUCUUCAUUAAAUCAAAAGGUAAUCAGGCAUAUUGACAGAACCUCACCGAUCACUCAUCUUAGAUUAUCAAGAGAUGAGACAUUUUUAGUUGGAUAUGUAGACAUUGAUCAAGUUGAAAUGCUAUAUGUAUUUAACAUCAUUAAGCCUGAGCAAUCUUGGUCUACUAAACUUGACUUAUCAGCUGGUGAGCUUAGAGAAGAUCCUAAUAAGCUGGUUGUAAUCUCUGAGGACUGCUUAAACAUUUUUAUAAGAGGUGAAAAUAACAAGGGAGUCUGCAUGUAUUCUCUAUUUGACGGAUCUAUUGUCUAAAAUGUGACAUCAAUGCAUACCAACUAUAUAAACUAGAUACUUGUUACAAAAGAUUCUAAGAGAGUGAUAACUUGCUCUAAAGAUAGAAAGAUAAAGGUUUGGGACUGGAUUAAAUCAGAGUGCUUGGCCACUUUGACUCUUCAUGAGGAAGGUGUUGAGGCCAUGAUCUUAUCUGAAGAUGAGACGUUACUUUUCAGUGGUUCUUAUGAUAAGACCGUCAAUAUUUGGUCCAUGUAUGAGUAUGUCAACCUUGCUACAUUGUAAACUAAAAUACCAAUCAGAUCACUUUACUUAAGUGGUGAUAAUGACAUCCUUCUCGCUACAAGUAAUCUUAAAUAAAAAACCCAGGAGCCCAUGUAAGCAUUUUGGGUGCUGGAAGAUAAUGCUGAUGCAUUUAGAAUAAGGGUUGAAUUAAAGAAUGUUUCUAAUUGCUAUGUAACUCCUAACAAUGAAUAUUUGGUAACAAUGAAUGGAAACUCGGCCUUGAAGAUUUGGAAUCUAAGGAGCAGAGUACUUAUUGAAAAUCAUAAAGUAAAUUGCCAGUUCAGAUACAAUCUUAGAGCACUGAAUGGCACAAGAGAUUCUGAAAGCAUCUUUUUCUAGAAAGAAUCUAGCGAAAUCGUCUAAUGGUCUUGUUCGUUGCAACAACAAGUACAUACUUUUAAUCAUGGAGGUUAAGUUUAAGAUAUAGUGAUUACAUCAGACGAUAGAAUAAUGUACUGUGCAAUAGAGAGAUAAAUUUACAAAUGGGAUUUGUAAACUAAGUAGGAACUCUGCAGAUUUUAACACAACAAUGGCUACUUCUUGUUCCUUGUUCUAGCUUCAAACGAUUAACAUUUAUUUGCUAACGGAUCAGGUGCAGAUAUAUUUGAAUAUAACCUAAAUCUGGAUGAAAAUUAAGAAUUAAAGCGCUUUGAUAUUAUUAAGGACUCCGGUUGGGUUAACUUUGAGCUAUCUCCUGAUGGAGUUACUCUCAUCCAGACAAAUUAGUAUAACAGUUCAUUCUGGGUAUGCAAUUUAAAAGAGGGCAAAGUUGUUUAGGUUCUCAAUAAGCAUUCACAAGUUAUAAACUUUGUAGGCUUUACUAAAGAUGGAAAAUAUUUGAUAACUAGAUCCAAAGCAGAGUCAAUUAUUUGGGAAACAUCUAAAUGGAAAGCCCUUAUUACUAUUCAAGAAGAGUUUGGAAUUGUUACUUCAAGUUCAAGAUAUGUUCAAGCGAUUAUUCAUGAUGGACUUUACAAAUCUUGGUCAGAUGAAAUCUUCUCUAGUUUCUCUGACGAUUUUACCUUCACAAGUAGUACUGAAUAAGAGAGUGAUAUUGUGAAAGAUGUAUAAGAAGUUAAUACAGCUGAUAUUAAAAUGACUGGAAACUUCAAUAAUCUCAUGAAAAUUUUUAUUGGCAAUAUUGGGAAGAAAUCUCUUGAUGAGAAAAAAUAUCUUCCAUAUCUUUACAAAACUUAAAUUUAACCAUUCAAAAUGACUCUGGCUCAUUAUUAUGCUUUCUAUAAUAAUGCUGAAUUUGUCUCACAGCUAUUAUAAAUGGGAACUCCAUAUAUUGAGGAUGUAAAUGAAAAUACUCCCUUGGAUAAUGCUAUUCAAAAGAAAUCCUAUGAAAGUGCAACAAUUAUUCUUGACUACAUUAUGAGAAGUCCUCAUCUCUAUGGCAAAUUAACAGAGGAAAAAAUUGUAAAUCUGAUUGAAUUUGCUCCAUCAAAUUUGAAAGAUUUCUUUGAUUCAGCAGUCAAAGAACAAUAGGGCGAGUAUAUUCCAUCCUUUGGAACAUUGUUAACCAAUCCGAUUACAUUCCGUGUGUCUCAGAAUAAUUUUGUCAGCUACUCUGAUAUUAAGCAUAUGAUUGUAGAGGAUAAAGAAAGUGAUGAACCUUUAGUCUUCAAAACUAUUUAGAUCCCGUUCAACAUGCAACCAGGUUCAGAACCUAGCAUUAAUUUCCACAGAACACUUUCUGAAAGUGAACUUACAGCAUUUAGAUCAGAAUCAGUAUAGGCAAUAUUGACAUAUAAAUGGGACUUAGUUAAAAAGAUCGUUUACAUUAACGGGUUAAUUUACCUAUUCUACAUGUCAGUAUUAUUUGCUUUCAUCUAGACAUAUCAUGUAAUUUCGGUCUAUUUCUUAAUUGCUUUUGGUUUUUAUUUCAUGGGAUUUGAGAUUCUUCAGAUGUGCUUGAAUAAAUUGAGUUAUUUAGGAGAUUUUUGGAAUAUAUUCGAUUUUCUGAGAGUUCUCUUGCUGAUCAUUUUUAUUUAUAAUGCUUUCAAAUAUGAGGACUGGAAUCGUAGUUAAGCAAUGCUCUAACUUUUAGGAACUCUCAAUUUCUUAUCUUGGGUUAGAGCUCUUUCAUUCUUGAGACUUUUCCAAAAGACAAGAAUUUUCAUUAGGCUUUUGGUUGAGGUUAUUUAUGAUAUGAUCCCUUUCAUGAUUGUUUUGAUUGGUGCUGUUCUUGGAAUAUCCUUAAGUUUUGAAGUUAUCAACGAUAUCAGUAUGCUUGAGGCACUCAAACAUAAUUACAGAUUAACCUUUGGAGAUUUUGAGACUGAUAAUUACACAACAGCAAACUGGGCUCUGUUCAUCAUUGGGUCAGUAUUAAUUCCAUUAAUAAUGCUUAAUAUGUUGGUUGCUAUAAUGUCAGAUACAUAUGCUAGAGUUAUGUCAGAUGUUCUUCCAUCAGAUUUCCUCGAACUUAAUCAAAUGAUCCUAGAGCAAGAGGAAAUCCAAUUUUGGAAUAGAAGAAAGGGCUAACUGGGCUAUCUCCACUAUGUCACUCCACUUUAAAGAAAAGAAGGAAAUGAUUGGGAGGGCUAAAUUUAGAAGAUUCUUGCUUUACUUCAAUAGCAAAAUGGAUAAUCUCCAGAAGUAUUAAAUAAACUCGGAGAUAAGAUUGACCUAAUUAUUGAAAGUCAAAAAGUUUAAUUUAGGGACACAAAUCUUAAAUUUGAUGAACAAAAGAAGAGAUUUGAUCGUAUUCAACAAGAACUAGAAAUAAUAAUGCCAAAGCAAUAAAAAGACGAGAUUGCUGAAGAAGAAGAAGAUAGUGAUGGUGAUUUGUUUGAUGAAGAGUACAUAAACGAUUUGAGUUAGAUCGCCAAAACUCCAUUCGAGAAUUUCAGCUACUAAAUGAAACAAUUCGUAAAUUAUAGAUGGAAUUAAUAUAGUCCAACAAAGCAAGGAAAAUUGCAUAAAAAUGAAUCAAUUAAAGCUAUAAGAUAGAGCUUUGAUGCACUUUAUAUAGAUGCUCCAGAUAAAUCAGAAAUUGAAAGUUUAAUUCAAGAAAUUGAUCUUAAUGGAGAUGGUCUUCUAUCAAAAAAAGAGAUCUAUGUCUUAAUGAUGAGACUCAGAGAUUAUCAUAAAGAAGUUGAAUCAGAACUAAAUAUGUUGAAUAAAAAUAGAUAUCCCAAGGAUGCUUUUACUAGAUUCCUUGAACCAAAAUACAGAGAAAUCUUUGAAUAGCUAUGGGCUAAAUAUGACAGUGAUAGUAAAGGAUACAUUCCUUCAAAGUAAGGAACCUAAUUGAUAAAGGAAUUCAGCAAAAAAUCCUUAAAUGAUGAAGAAAUAAAUGAUCUCUUAAAAUCUCUUGACAGAGAUGGAAAUGGCCAAAUAUCAAAAGAUGAAUUAAAAACUUUUAUCUCGGAAAACAAAUAUUUACAUAAUGAAGAUGAUUGA